GCAAGCGGGUAUUCGAAGCGGGAUCAGGGAAAGGAUCUCGGCUCAUCCAGCCGCAGGGGCAGAAUCUCUCGAUCAUCUGGGAGAAUAAUAAUAUUAUUAUUAUAAAAUUAGGGUUCUUCAUCAUCGGAAUUAAAAUUAGGGUUCUGGUGAUUGACUAAACAAAGACUCGGAGUAGUUUUAUAGGGCUUAGGUUCUUCUUCUUCUUCGCUUUUGCUUGUUUCUGGGAUCAUGGUGGCCGCGUCUUCAGAAAAUCCAGCAGAAGAGGUGGCGGCGAUCUCAACGGAGAGGCAACGGCCUAUUGGAACAGUAAAUUGGGGCACGGCAACACUUGUCGGCGUAUUUGCUGGCUUGUUAUAUGGAGGAAGCAAGGAGGCUGCUGCAUCAGUUAGCAAAGAUGCAGAAGUGAUGCUGAAAAUGGGGAGCACACCGGACAAGCGUGAGCAGUACAGAUUAAUGAGAGAUGCCAUGGAGAAAAGGUUUAUCAGAGUGACUCGCGGUUCACUUGUUGGCGGCAUUCGCCUUGGCAUGUUCACUGCCACAUUCUAUGGCAUACAAAACCUUCUUGCCGACAAGAGGGGCGUGCACGAUGUUUUCAAUAUUGCUGGGGCUGGCUCUGCUACUGCAGCAAUGUUCGGUCUUAUAUUGCCAGGAUCGAUGAUGUGGCGUGCUAGGAAUGUGCUCCUUGGUUCAGUUCUCGGAGCUGGAAUUUGCUUUCCACUUGGUUGGUUACAACUGAAGCUGAUGGAAAAGGCAAACGCGGAGAUUGCAAGUUCUAAUUCGUCAUCUGAUUUAAGUGAGGGGGGAGAAGUGAGUCAAAGCCGAGUCGGUGCUGCAAUAGAGAGGCUAGAGGGAAGCUUAAAGAAGUAAUUCUCAGUCUUCAUGAUGGAGUUUCUCAUUCCAUCUGUUGGUUCUUGAAAAAGGACGCAGCACAAAUGAGAGUUUGGUGGAUAGGAAAUGGACUUCAAUACAGAACUUGUGCAGCUAGCAUUUUUCCUUUGGCACUGUCACAAGUGACAACAUCCACUUUAUCCAUCAUCACCUAGAUUUAUUUGCAAUGAUCAUUACUUUGUCUUUGUUAAUGUGGUUUGCAUUCCAAAAGAUUAUUCUAUGCCAUUUUCUGGGGCUGAUUCAAUGAUGUAACUGAAAUAAGUGAUGUCUUUUUUUUUUUUUAGUUGCUCAGUUGAAAUCUUUUCUUAUUAUGUACAGGUCCUAAUUUAUAUCCGUUGUACUGUAUUUUGGGAUUGGACUGAGUUACUUUGUUGCUACAACAUUUUUUCUUUGGAAUAAUGCUGCUACUAUCUAUUUA